AUGAAUCCAAUAACAAAAGUUAUUUCUCCAAAAAAGAAAGUUUCUAUUGAAAUUAAUGAUGAUGAAGAUGAUGAUUUUAUAACGAUAAGAAAACGUCCUAAAGUUAUUUAUCAACCAAAAAUAAAUUCUAUUGUAAGAAAAAAUGAUCCGAUAAAAGAAUGUCUUGAAUCAAUUAUAAUACAAAUCGAAAAUAAUGAUAUAACAUGUCCUAUUUGUAAUCAAGUUUUAUCUAACUUAAGUACUAUUGAUCAACGUCAACAACAUGUUAAUCGAUGUCUUGAAGAACCUCAAAUUAUUAAUGUAUGUCAUAAAGACUUUACCAUAUAA